AUGUGAAACUAAUUGAAACUACGAAUAAUUUUGGCGCGAAUUCGUUUGAUUAUAUUUCUGUUUAAAAUGAUAUAACGAUUCUUAGAAACGAAAAUGGAAACGCAAAGUUCCACAAGCGGUUCGAAUAACGACAAUGAGAAUAUCGAGUCGGCAAACAAAGAUGCGACAGCUACAGAAAAGACGAAACUACGCCAAGAAAUAAAGGAACUAAGAAACAUCAUCAAGCAGCAUGAACGGAAUCUGCAAACGCGCUUUAAAGAAAUAGAGAAUCAUUUGACCAAGAGACCCUUGGAGACUUCCUUGACAUUUAGUAAAAUAUUGAAUGUCAAGGUUACUCUGAAGAACGAUCUGUAUAGAUUUGCUGGUUUUCGUUGCGUUAAAUUUCAGAAGAAUGAAUCUGUAUUUAAUUUUACAUCAACAAACGAAAAGCAGACAGACAAUACUCAAGCAGUACAGAUUUUUGUUAAGGAUGGAAAGACUGAACUGGGAAAAUGGGUAAUGCCAGUGUCAAUUAACAUAAAUAAUAUAUUAUCUAAAACGCCUAUUGACAAAUUAAAAAAAUUAAGUACCUUUAUAAAGAACUGUAAGCAUAAUGUUGAUUGUUAUACUGCACGGCAAGAGCAAUUCCUAUCACUAAAGGAAUAUAUGUCAAGUAUGAAGCAUUGUACUUUGCAAUCUGAUAUGGGAUUUAAGCAAGUCAGCUUGGAAUUGUAUGGUGUACACAAUAGUGAAAAUAACAGCUAUAUGAACUUAAUAAUACAUUUGCUGUAUCAUCAAGACACUGCAAGACCUUAUAAAGUUCAGGUUGAUACAACAAAUGGAAACAAAUUAAACGAUGAUAUCAAACAGAGAUUAAAGACAUAUUUUAAGAAAUUUAAAAUGUUAGACCUACAAACUGCUUUUGAUGAGAUUCUAUCAGAGGAUAAUUCUACAUUUACAUGGAUGCAGGAAGACGACACUGAAAGUCUAUUAGAACUGAAUGAUACUAGCAGCUCUGAUGAAAACUUCAUAGUUCAGCUACAAUCAGAACGGACGAGAUCAUUGAGAAAAUCGCGGAGGAAACGUGAAUUGAAGAAAAAGUGGAGUGAAAGAAUAAGGCGAAAAACUACUACUGAAAAUACUAUAGAAGAUAGUUCAGAAGCUAAUCAAGAAACUAAUCAUCCAAAUGCAAAAAAAAGGCGCAUCAAAAGUCCACAGCGAGUUUUGAUAAAGAAAAAGAAAGCAGAGAAGGCUACUUCUGUCUUAAAACAAAAGAAAAUUAAUAAAAAUCCAAUAGAAAUAACGCCAUUCCACAAAUCUAAGAUUAAAUUGAAACAGACGAAAUUAAAUUUCCAAACUCAAGCGGCUACGACUUCUAAUGCAAAUCAAAUAUUUUCGUCUGAAUCAAAACUGGGUAAUAAACCAGACAAACGGUCAAAGAUCCCCGAAUUAAUCACUAGUACACCACUACAUCCUAAAAUCAGAAAUGUACCCUUGUCAUCCACUCUGGAGAUUAAUGAUAUUACACGUAUUGAUACGACAAAGAAAACAGCAAAUAGAUUGGAUUCCUUAUUAGAUUACUCCAAAGAUAGUGAUGAAUUAGGAAAUAAGAAGACUCCAAAAAAGAAGAUUCCAGAAAAGAAGACUCCAGAAAAGAAGACUCCAAAAAAGACGCCAGAAAAGAUUGAUCGAUUAUUACGAAGUAGUGUGAAGUCUUGAUCAUCAAAGGUUUUGAAGGCACACAUAUUCA